AUGGGCCAAUACGAUGUCACAGAGUCAGAUGUUGACUCCGAUGAGCAGGGUUGGGACGGUGGAAUGAAAGGAGCUCGUCUCUUCUUUGGGGGAACUGGGUACGGGCUCGAGGGCACGAUCGUGAGUACCUCACUUGUUGCCAUCACAGAUGACCUGCGAGGAUUUGGCCGAAGCAGCUGGAUUAUCACCUCCUAUCUUCUAACGUAUGCGGCUGGUGACAUUUGGGGAGUGAAGCCUAUGCUGCUCGUCUCGUUGGCCAUUUUCACGGCGUUCUCCGAUCUACCCUUCCCAAACAGUACCCCAUCGGACUAUGCUGACUACUGGCCAGAAUCAUAUGCCGAGCAUUUCAAGGCAUUGGAGCUGCAGCACUAUGCUGCCGUCACCGGCUUGUCCGGGGUUGUAUUCUCCCUUGGCCUCGUCUUGGGCCCCCUAUUCGGAGGGGCGAUUGCAGAAGAUGGGAACUGGCGCUGGGUUGAUUUUCUUGGGGCAUUCCUCGUACUAGCAGCAUCGGUCUUUAUAGUUGCUGCUUUGCAGGAAGUGGCUCCUAAGUCGACGAGAACUUACCUGCCAGCCAAUGUUGCCCUGGCGAUUGUUGACAAAUCGCCUGUUCAUGGGGACUAUACUGUAUGUCUGGCCUGCUUCACGCGUCUCAUGAAUGGUGAUAUACUAACCAGUGGACUCGAUAUACUCAGUGGAUCCUUGACCACAGGCCUCAGCAUGACUGUGAGCAUAGUCGAAAUACCACAGCGAUUCCAGGUCGUUAAUGGCAGCUCACCGAUCGGAGCGGGUGUCAAACUUCUCGCCUUUGCUGUCAGCGUCCCUGCUGGCAUGAUGUUCUGCUCCAUACUCACCGGUCGCCUCCCAGUUCCUCUUGUUUACGUUGGCAUUGGCGGUGUGAUCAUGCAGGUUGUCGGGUUCUUCCUCUUCUCUGAAAUCAAACCAGAAACCCACAUAUGGCCUGGCCAGUUCGGCUAUCUCGUUCUAUCGGGGCUGGGCACUGGUCUUGGGGUUGCUGUAUUUUAUCUGAUGCUACCACUGGUGGUAGCAGUCACGGACCAGUCCAUUGCGCUGGGAACAGGCUUCCAGCUGCGCAUGCUGGGCGGGGCACUUGGCAUCGCAGCAGCCACGGCCAUUUUACACAGCCAUACUCGUAGCGGACUUUCAGCGUUGUUACCGUCAGAUGAGCAUGCAGAUGAAGAUGGUUGGGGGUUUCUCAGCUGCCCAGUUCCUCGCCUUGGGGCUUGUGUGGAAACGGCAAAAUGUGCGAAUUGUCAAACGAUGAACGCAGUACCUGUAGGAAUUAGAUUAUCGACUGCUUGUGCAGGAAAAGUCAGGAAGGAGAACGAUUUCAGGACUGAUUCAUUAUCCCUUGCGGAGUAA